AAAAAGAAGGUUGAGUAGGCGGAGAAGGACGACGACGACGACGAAGAAGAAGAAGAAGUAGUACAGAGCACUUUUGUCGUUUAAUAGAUUUAUUUUAUUUUUUUUUUUAGCUCAAAGCUUGUCAGUGUGUUGAUAUUUUUUUUCCUUUUUUAUACGUUUACAUCAAAAUGCCUGCUGAAAAUCUGAGAUGGGGGGCACUGGAAGCUCUAAAAAAUUCACCGAAAGCAAAAAUAAAAUACAGUCCUGACUGGCUUGAAAAGAGGGAGAUUUAUUUUCAGGAUAUUUUGGCAGGCUGUAAAGACGUAACCAGCCUGUCCCCUCUCUCCGAACAAGUUCUAAAGGGACUCAGUCCUCAGUCUGUGAUGAAAAAUGGUUCCAUGUUCCCUGCUGAAAGUACAUCUGAAGAUACACUUACUACUACAUCACCCACCUUACCACUGCUUCAUACUGUCAAAAAAGAGGUAACAGAUGACACAUCAGAGGGUUUGAACUCCACAGUGGAGAUUUGCAGCAGCUCAUCACCACCACCAGUCUCCCUCUUCUCACCCAAGACCACACAGAUGGCUGGCUGCAUCCGCAUCUGUGAGAAGAAACAUUGGGCUAAAUCCAAGUUAGAGCUGAACCUGAGGCAGGAGCUGCAGGAGUGUCUGGUUUCUGGUGUUGCUAGUCGGGAGUCAGAGCAGCUUAAACGCUUUGAAGAGUUCAUGGAGCUUAAGCAGAGACAGGAAUACCAGAGCAUGAGGGACAUGAUGGAAAAGGAAACACAGGAAAGUCUUGGACGCCAGGAGAAGUUAAAGGAAGAACACAGACAUAGAAUGAAGAUCCUAAACCUGCGGCUCCGGGAGGCAGAACAACAGAGGUUGAGGGAGGCAGAGCUUGAGCGGCAGAGGCAGCUGGAGGGCAGGGAUCGGUUGCGAGCACUCAAUGCCAUUCAAGAGGAGGUGCUUAGGCUCAAUCAGCUCCUUGAACCUGCACCUUACACACAAACAAGCCCCAGCUUCGACUGCUCAUCUUAUGUCACGCGUGGCAACCAGCUUUGUUCUCAGGUUUCUGAGGUGGUACGUGCUACGACUGAAGGACAGUUUCCAUCUGUUGAGGACAUGGUGGUGGUUGAACGGACCCAACAGGAAAUGAGAACACUGGUAAGAGCUAUCCAGAAUCAGCUUGCUCAGGCACAAGAGAAAAUGAAGAACGAGCAAGAAGAAGAGUGCAGGAAGAAACAGGCAGAGAUGAAAAUCCAGCAAGAAGAACAUCAGAAAACUGAAGUAUUAUCUGUUAAAGAGAAAGUCAAAAAACAAGGCUUACAGACUAUAGCUGAUGAUAGCACCUUGAAAUGGUACAAAGAACUGCAAGGUUUGGCCAGCCACUGCGCCCAGUCCUUUGAAGAUUUGAACAACACAAAGGAUAUGCAGACAAAAAAAAUGAGGAUGGAGCUCCAAAAAGCUGCAACAAUUCCUGUGAGCCAGAUCUCCAGUAUUUCAGGUUCCCAGCUGAAGGAGAUUUUUGACAAGAUUGACAAACUACUAUUAGGACGACAAGUUUUGUCUGGUGGCAAAUCAGUUUCAACAUCCCAGCAUCCUCAUGGACUAGAAUUUGUGAGCUAUAAAUUGGCAGAAAAAUUUGUGAAACAAGGAGAAGAGGAGGUGGCAUCUCAUCAUGAAGCUGCAUUCCCCAUUGCAGUUGUGGCUUCAGGCGUGUGGGAAUUGCACCCUAAAGUUGGAGACCUCAUUUUAGCUCAUCUUCACAAGAAGUGCCCAUAUUCUGUUCCUUACUACCCCCCAAUGAAGGAUGGCACCUCCAUUGAAGAAUAUCAGCAGAUUCUGGGCUAUCGUGUUGAUGAGUCAGGAGUCGAAGGUCAGGACAGUUUCUUGAAAAGGAUGUCUGGAAUGAUCCGACUCUAUGCAGCCAUAAUUCACCUAAGAUGGCCUUACACUAAUAAACAAGGGUUACAGAUUGGUCCCCAUGGACUGAAUCAUGGCUGGCGAUGGUUGGCUCAGAUGCUAAACAUGGAACCACUUGCUGAUGUUACAGCAACUCUUCUAUUUGACUUUCUAGAGGUUUGUGGAAAUGCGCUUAUGAAACAAUACCAAGGGCAGUUUUGGAAACUUCUGCUCCUUAUCAAAGAAGAAUACUUCCCCAGGAUUGAAGCAGCCACUAACAGUGGUCAGAUGGGCUCUGUAACAAGGCUCGAGCAGUUUCUGGAGGAUGCCUUAAGAAACAAGCAGAUUGAGCCCCCCAAAGGACAACUGAACUCAGCCUUCUGGAGAUCCUGAGAGUUUUGAUUGUUGAUCUGACAACUUCCUCAAUUGAGAACACCUCAGGGAUCCUGAUAUACUAUUUACACUAGGCCACUACUUUCAAUAAUGAAGUAAAAGAGUCAUGGCUUGUUCUGAUAAUCCUGCAGAUCCAUGACUAUUGUGCAUCAUCUGUUUAUGCGUAUUACAAAAUCUAAUUAUUUCGGUGUACAUAUACUAAAUUUUUACUCCUUGGCCACUUUAAUAGGUGAACAUGUACCCAUGGUCAUCUGUGUAAAUAUCCAGUCAGCCAAUCAUGUUGCAGGACAUCAAUGCAUAAACUCAUGCAGAUAAAGGUCAAACACUUAAGGUUAGUUAAGGUUCACAUCAAAGAUAGGAAUGUGAUCUGUGAUUCUGAUCAUGGCAUGGCUAUGACAACAGAACGGGUUCACUAAAACUGGACAACUCAAAAUCUGUUCAAUUUUUAACUGUCCAGUUCUCUAAUCUUCAAUUUUCUAGUUUUUCUGCACACCACGAUCGUAAAGUCCCAAUAGACUUCCUGUCAGCUAAAACCAGUCUGGCUAUUCUCUUCUGACCUCCACAACAAGGCAUCUCUGCCUGCAGAUCUGCUGCCUGUUGGAUGUUUUCAAUUUUCAGUGUGAAUUCAGCAGCAGCAACAUGAUUGGCUUUUUGGGUGUACAUGUGUGGGGUUUAGUUUUUGGACAGGAAUGUCAUUACUGAUGUCAUAGGAUAACACACACAUCCACACAUAUAUAAUGUGUGUGUUUAUAGUUUGAAAUUGAUUACUAAUCUACACACAGCAAGAAACACAGUAUAAACUGACUAUAAACUGACUUAUGCAAAUAUGAAAUGUGGUCCUGCUGCGACUGACAGUAAUAUUGUAUUUGUUUUUAUUGAACACAAAAACUAAAAAAAGUUUGGGAAGUGUGAUGAUCAAACAUUAAUAAAAACUGGCUAGUGAAUGUACGUGUUGCUCCUUGAAUCAUCUCACUGUUUGCAGUUUUAUUCGCAGGGAGCAUUCCUGUGCUCCAGUUAGUUAGAUCAUCUUCUGUGCAGAUACUGUGGUAUUGAAAAGACUUGGAAAUAGAAAAGAUGUUCCUAUUACCUCAAGUUAAUUGACCCUGUCUCAUGAGAAUAACAUGGUAAUUGUAGGAGAGUAAUGUUUUUUAUUUCCAUGUUUCUUGUGACUGUAGCUACAUGCCCAUGGUGUAACCUAGGUGGGCAGAAUAUUUAUUUAAAUUUCUUUGAACCAUAGUUCGUUAUUCAUUGAAUUUUUCUCUCCAGUACGCAUAUCAAGCUCACAAUGUAUUGGAUAACUUGUGUUUGUGUGUGACAUUUAGAUUUACCAGUCAAUUCAGGUGACUUGUCAAAUGGGCCAAAAGAAUUUCAGUAAUAGAAAUAAAUUGGAUGAUGGUUAGCCUGAAUUCCAAAGUUGCUCUGAAAAGCAGACCCUUACUAUAUAAAUCACCCAUGAAUAUGGAUAUAGCCCGACAUGGACACGCUAAUUCUUUUGUGCUCAUAGUACAAUCAUGCUACUAUUUGUUACAUUAUCAUUACCGCUGUUUACAUUCUAUGCUGGGCAUUAUAAACAAGUUCACAUUGUUCCUGUAGCAGUUUGUCUAUAAUCAAGGCCACAAAAGUUUGCUCAAAAGCCUCAGAUUCUUUUUUCAUCACUUUCAAUCUGCCUCAACACUGGACACUUAAGUCUUUUAAAAGCUGACCCAAAAUUUAACAAAAAUCCAAAUAAAUGUUAUUGCUCUGAAGGCAGACAAGACAUUCACAUUUAUUUUUCUGUAUACUGUUUUUUUUUCUUUGCAUAUAACAUUUUUUUUUAGAAAUCGCAAGCAUGUUCAUAUUGUUUGCUUUGUUUAAAAUAAACUUUUUUUCUUGCAUUUCAGAUAAUCAUGAGGUACAGUAUCCUGUUAUUAACUAGUACAAUAUACACAAUUUAGCUAAGAUAUUUGGGCAAAAACAUGAAGACAAAUGUUUAUUUUUUGUACAUUUUUAAAGAUUUUAUUUUAUCAAAAUGUCACUUCAAAUCCAAUGAAUGUGAAACAAGAUUAAAAAAAAUCCAAAUACCCUUGUUUCCUCCCUAACUGAGGGUCAGCCCUCUUAAAAUUAUAAGCUCACAGAGUGGAGAACAAUAGUUGUGAUUUAUGUCCAUGAAACCACAAGCUAGUGGGGAAAACUCAAUCACAAAGCAGUUCUAAUGCCAUGAGCAACAAAGCUAUUAAGAAAGAUACUGGAAAUACACAUCACACACCAUGGCCUUUGUUCAUUUAACCACAAUAACAGGAUGAAAUAUGCAUAUACAUUUAUAUAAAAAUUUUACCCUAUUCGCAAGUGUACAUCAGACAAUGUGCUGCUUAUAUUACAGUGUUUUGCCUUGUUUAAUCCUCAAAAUGUAAUUGGGAGUUGAGAUUGCCAUAGUGGCAUUAUUUUGCAGUCAGUUUAUUAAAUGUCUUCCUGGGUAGAUUUCAACAUGGCACAGUCAGGACUGAAGAUGGAACUAAAAAAAUGAAAUAAAUUAAAAAAAAAAUUAAAAAAAAAAAAAAAA